AACAAAUCAUUUGUUUAUGUGCUCUCUGCCACAUGAAAAUGCAAAUUCAAAUCCUGAUGGUGUGAACAAAGCACUGCUUCGGCUAUAUGGUGCAUUCUAUGCAGAUUUGUCUGACAACAAUGUUCGCAUGAUGGAGGAAUGCAUCAUUUGUGGACUUUUAGCUGAAAAAAAGAUGGCCCCAGAGUUGUAUGGUAUAUUUCCUGAAGGAAGACUUGAACAGUUUAUUCCUAAUGUAAGUAGUAAAGAAAAUCGUUUAAUUUACUUGUGUUGUAAUUUGUUAAACGUUCGAGCAUUGACUAGUCAGGAAGUCCAGUAUCCUCGUUUAUCACAACAAAUAGCUGAGCAUGUUGCUGCGUUUCAUAAGCUAAAACUUCCUCUCUCAAAGGAAGGAACUUGGUUUUUGGAUUCACUUCAAAUAUUUGUGAAGGAAAUUAAAGGUCUUAAAUUUUCCAAUGUUGAUAAAUUAAAGAUCUUGGAUGAAAUUUUUCAUAAAUUUGACAUUGAUGAAAUUCUCAAAUAUAUCAGGCACGUGGUUGAAAACAGCCAAUCACCAGUUUUCUUCUGCCAUAAUGACGUACAACCAAGAAACUUGUUGGUGAAGGCAAAUGAAGAUCUCGAUGAGGCGAAAAUUCGUGUGAUUGAUUUCGAAUAUUCUUGUUAUAACUACAGAGGAUACGAUAUUGGUAAUCAUUUCAGUGAAUGGAUAUUUGAUUAUAAUCAUCCACAUUAUCCCUUUUUUACCGGAGACGUCACCAAAUAUCCUUCUUAUGAUCAACAGGUAUUUUUCGUCCGUGCGUAUUUACAAGCUUACAAUGAAAUGACUGAAGUCACGUUAGACGAGAUUGAAAAAGUUAUCGAAGAAGCUGAUAGAUUGUCUCUUCUUUCUCAUUUCUUUUGGGCGAUGUUUUCAAUUCUUCAGAGUUAUAAAUCCUCGAUCAAUUUUGGUUAUCUCGAAUACGCCCUUUUUCGAAUGGAAUGCUUAAAUCAUUUCAGGCAUUUUUCCGAGGAGAAACCUGGAGACAAGUUGCGUCAUGAUAAUGGUAAAAUCCAUUGUGAUGUUUAGGGUGAAUUUUGAGCCCGUCACAAGUUGCUGAUGAUCGAGAAAUUCAUUUUUUGGUGAUUAGAAAGAAUAUCAUUCAGAUGUAGCAUGUAUGUAAAUUAUCUCCACCAACACAAUUGUUUGUUUACGUCUGCAUUCAAAGUCUUCUUGAAUAACGGGCUUUCUUUUUGAUUUUCUAAUUACUAACAGUAAUGGCUUAAAUGUAAGGUGUGUAUGACUGCGUUCACUUGUGUGUGAAUUUCUAAUCAAAUUUUCAAAUGAAUAAUCUAGCGGUUUAACUCUAUCUAA